AUGGGUCGCGAACUUCAAAAGCGCAAGCGGCGCUCGUCGCGCGCUAAAGUCACCAUGCCCAACCGGCGCAAGAAGGCCCUGAACCCGCGAGGCAACGACAUCAUCGCAAAGAACUGGAAUAAAAAAGAAACCCUCUCCCAAAACUACACCCGUUUCGGCCUCGUCGCCAAACUCGGCAAAACCACCGGCGGCACCGCGCCCUCCAACAAAUCCAACCUCCAAGUCGGAACCGACCCCCUCGCCGCCCAAUCCACCAGUCACGGCCUUCUACAAGUCGGCGAGGUCAAAGUCGAGCGCGACCCAGCGACCGGCCGCAUCACCCGUGUCCUGCGCGAGGCCAACCCGCUGCACGAUCCGCUGAACGAUCUGGACUCUGACUCCGACGACGAAGGCGCGGCGGAGGCACGACGGGAAAAGGAGAGGCGGUAUGAGGAGUGGUCUGGGUUUCAGGAAGAUGGAGAAAGGCCGGAGGUGGUGAGCGCGCUGGAGCGGGAGGCGAAUCGGCCGACGGAGAAGACGGUGCGGCACGCCAGUGGACGGGAGGUGGAGUGGUUGGAGAGGUUGAGGGCGCGGCAUGGGGAUGAUACGGCGGCGAUGGCGAGGGAUGUCAAGCUGAAUCCGAUGCAGCAGACCGCGGCGGAUAUUCGGAGGCGGUUGAAGAAAGCAGGGUUGUUGGAGGCGUGA